CGCUGUCGGCAGAAGAGCUAGCGGGCCAGACCGGUCAAGUCGAGUAGCAGACAGUACAUAGAUUCACACACACACACACACACACGCACGCACACACACACACAUACAGAUAGAGAUACUUAGUUAUGGUUGUGCUCUCGGCAGCGGUGUGCACCAAGCAGGGGCGGCCGCUUGUGGCGAGGCAGUUUGUGGCGAUGUCGCGAGUGCGGGUGGAGGGCCUCCUGGCAGCGUUUCCCAAGCUUGUCAAGAGCGGAACGCAACACACGUAUGUGGAGACCGAGUCUGUGCGGUAUGUGUACCUGCCGCUGGACCAGCUGUACGUGCUGUGCGUGACGAACAAGGGAUCGAACAUCCUGGAGGAUCUGUCAACGCUCCAUCUCAUCUCCAAGCUUGUGCCCGAGUACUGCGGCGGGACGUCCGAAGCUGCGGUUGCAGCGCGAUCAUUUGAGCUUGUGGCGGCUAUCGACGAGGUGCUGACGAUGGGCAUCCGCGAAAAGGUGACCCUCUCACAGGUCAACACCUUUACCAUUGCCAACUCGCAUGAGGAGAAGAUCUUCGACAUGGUCCGCGAGAACCGCAUUCGCGAGGUCAAGGGUAUCACCGACCGCAAGAUUGCAGAGAUGGAAAAGGCCAAGAAGGACCGGCGGGCGUUUGGCGGUUCGGGGUCGGCGACGGGCUUUGGGUCGGGCUCGGGCAUGGGCUCCAGCGGAGGCAUGGGCUCCAGCAUGGGGUCUACGCCCGGCGGCUUUGGGUCGGGCUCUGCAGGCGGGCAUGGUGCGGGCAGCGCGUCGAUGUCUCGGCCUGCGGCGCCGGCUGCAACGCCUGCACCUGCGCCUGCGUCGUCGAGCACGGGCAUGAAGCUUGGCGGGCGCGGCGGCAAAUCGUCGUCGCUGCUUGCGCAGAUGAAGCAGGAGGGCGCGUACUCUGAGAGCGACGCGGUUGCGCCGCUGACGACGCUGGACGCGCCGGUCGACGACACGCCCAAGAUGGGCGUGCAUGUGGUGCUCGAGGAGACGGUGGCGCUAGUGAUGGAGCGCGACGGCGGGGUGCAGUCAAUGGAGAUCAAGGGCUCAAUCUCGCUGGUGGUCAACGACGCAGCGUCGGCACGGCUCCGGGUGGCCACUGACGUCUCACGGGCGGCAAAGUUCAAGUUUACCACCCACCCGCACAUCAACAAGGCGCUCUUCUCCAAGCAGAACAUGAUCGGGCUGAAGGACCCGGCCAAGCCGUUCCCGACCUCGGGCACCCCGCUCCAGGUCCUGCGCUGGAAGCGGGUGUUCGACUCGGAGGAUGACGUGCCGCUGGUGGUCACCUGCUGGCCGUCGUCGGACACGGUCUCGGUCCAGUACGAGCUGACCGACACUUCGCUCUCGCUCUCCAACGUCAUGAUCGCCAUCCCCAUCCCCGGCGGCUCCGCCCCUUCGGUCGAGCAGGCCUCGGGCUCGUACACCUUUACCGGCGACGCCCUCAUUUGGUCGCUACCCAUCAUCGACGGCGACAACGCGUCGGACACGCUCGAGUUUUCGGCGGCCGGCCUUGCCGACGAGCUCUACUUUCCGGUCCACGUCGCUUUUACGGCCCCGGCUCCACUCUCGGGCGUGGCCAUCACCGAUGUCGUUGCCGCAGACUCGGGCGCCCCUCUCGGCCACUCGACCCAGGUUGAGGUCAAGACUGGCAACUACCAGAUCAUCGAUGCGUAAACACCCUCCCUGUUUAUGGA